GGGCGUUCCUGCGCUCCACCAGCGACGUUGCCCACACGCGUCCCAGCGGGAAUGUCAAGUGCAUUACGUCUGGAUCCAUCUGCCAUGGCCCGAAGUAAGCUAGGGGGCAGAAGGCGCAGUUGCAGAGGCAAAUUAACCGGGCGAUCAGGAGCGCGCGAUCCCCAAGCAAGGCGUUGACUCUCGGCAGCGUGGACUGCGCGCGAAUCCAAAUCAUUCUGCUGUGCCGUACUACAUGGCGCGCGAUGUACUAGCUGGCUGUGAUAUGUUCGGGUCAGAAGCUGGCGUCGGGCCAACAGAUGGAGGCGGAGAGAGCGCGCACGCCGGGCGGAGCGCACAAGGCCGCGGCGAUCGGCCGGGAGUUCGGCUGCGUCGGGACGUGGGGUGGCGGCGAGAAGACGGUGCGGCGGGGAUGGCGUGCGCCGGCGGCCGAGGUGUUCGUGGUCGGGCUGUUGGCUACCGUGGCGUUGCUCGUGAUGGCUUUCAGCGCCGGCGCCGGCCUGCUGCCGUCCGCGUUGCAAGGCGUGCAGUUCGUGCAGAAGCCAGUCGACGCGGCACCAUCACCCGUGCAUGCGGCGCCUGACCGCGACAAGCCGGCGCCGUCGCCUCGGCGCGACCAAGACGACCGCCUCCUCGGCGGGCUGCUCUCCCCGGCCUUCGACGACUACUCGUGCCGUUCCCGGUACGCGUCGCCGUCCCUCUACCGCCGUCCGUCACCGUUCCGCCCGUCAUCCCACCUCGUGGCGCGCCUACGCCGGUACGAGGCCCGGCACAGGCGGUGCGGCCCCGGGUCACCGCUCUUCGGGGAAGCCGUCGAGCACCUGCGCUCCGGCCGCAACGCCGCGCGCUCCGAGUGCCAGUACACGGUGUGGACGCCCUUCAACGGCCUCGGCAAUCGCAUGCUCGCGCUCGCCUCCACGUUCCUGCACGCGCUGCUCACCGACCGCGUCCUGCUCGUGCACGCGCCGCACGAGUUCGACGGCCUCUUCUGCGAGCCCUUCCCCGGCAGCUCCUGGACGCUCCCCGCCGGCUUCCCGAUCGCCGACUUCGACGGCACCUUCACCAUGUUGUCGCCAACGAGCUACAAGAACAUGAAGAAGGCCGGCACGAUAAACGGUGGCGAGAAUCCCAAUGUCACCGCGGAGACGCUGCCAGCCUACGUGUUCCUCGACCUCAUCCAGUCCUACACCGGCGCCGCCUUCUGCGAGGCCGACCAGCGCGUGCUCGCCAAGUUCAACUGGAUGGUGGUCAAGUCCGACGUCUACUUCGCCACCGCGUUCUUCCUCAUGCCGGUGUACCGUCGCGAGCUCGCGCGGCUGUUCCCGGAGAAGGAGGCCGCGUUCCACCACCUCGCGCGGUACCUCUUCCACCCGUCCAACGACGUGUGGGCCAUCGUCCGUGAAUUCCACGAGGCCUACCUCGCCGGGGCAGACGAGCGCAUCGGCCUGCAGGUGCGCGUGUUCCCGGAGCUUCCGGUGCCGUUCGAGACCAUGUACGGCCAGAUCAUGCGCUGCUCGGAGCAGGAAGGGUUGCUGCCCAAGGUCGCAGAGCGGAAUGCCGCCGCGGCGAGAAACACCUCCGCCGUGUCGUCGCCUGACGGCAGGAAGACGAAGCUGACAUCGAUACUGGUGACGUCGCUGUCCCCGGAGUACUACGAGCGCAUCCGCGGCGUGUACCAGGCCAACCGGGCGGAGACUGGGGGAUACGUGGCGGUGCACCAGCCGAGCCACGACGGCGUGCAGCACACGGAGGCGCGCGGCCACAACCAGAGGGCGCUGGCGGAGAUAUACCUGCUGAGCUUCUGCGACCGCAUCGUGACGACGGCCGUGUCGACGUUCGGGUACGUGGCGCACGGGCUGGCCGGGGUGAGGCCGUGGGUGCUGCUGCGGUCGCCGUCGCCGGGGACACCCGCCGAGCCCGCUUGCGUCCGGUCGUUGAGCGUGGAGCCCUGCAUGCAGGCCGCGCCGAGACAGAUGUGCGGCGCGGCGAAAGGGAGCGACAUUGGAACUCUCGCGCCUUAUGUCCGGCACUGCGAGGAUGUGCAUGGCGGCGUCAAGCUAUUUAGCUAGCGCGCCCAUUUCUUUGUCUGUGUACAUAAUAUGCUUGAGAGCGUCUAUUUAGCACUCGACUGAAAUUAAAAUGAGUUUCAUUCAAAUUUUGUA